AUGGUUUUCUUAGGGUUGAACUAUUUCCCAUAUUGCCUAUAUUGUUCUCUACGGGUCAAAUGUGGAAAGAAAGGGAUGUCGACAUGGACCACAAUAGGUGCGAAGCCUCCAAUAGCACCGAAACCGACGGAGGAAGAUGAGUGGGAGACCGAUCCAGAUUUUGUUAAUGACAUGGAUGAAAAAGCAAGCCGUUGGGGUGCUAAAACUGUGGAAGGAUCCGGUCAUCAAGGACAUUUCAGCGUAGUGAAGAUGAGGCAAGAAGCUCUUGAAGCGGACAAAAUCCACCAGCAAAUGCCAAAGACUAGCGAGGGUUAUGGAGGAAAAUUUGGUGUAAUGACCGAUAGAAUGGACAAGGCAGAAGUGUCAUUCGACUAUAAAGGCAGAGUGGAUCCACAUGCCUCUCAAAAAGAUUAUGCUGUUGGAUUUGGUGGUAACGGUUUUGAAACAGACAGGAAAGAUAAGUCUGCUGCCGGAUGGGACGAAAAAGUUGAACUUUCGAAACAUGAAAGUCAAAAAGAUGCAUCAUCCGGAUACGGCGGUCGUUUCGGCGUUCAAAAGGACAGAAAAGACAAAUCAGCUGUAGGAUGGGACGAAAAAGUUGAACUUUCGAAGCAUGAAAGCCGAAAAGACGUUACUACCGGUUACGAAGGCCGUUUUGGAGUACAGAAAGAUCGCGUGGAUAAGUCUGCAGUGGGCUGUGUUGAACAUACAGAUCUUACAAAGCAUGAGAGUCAAAUGGACUAUAAAAAAGGGUUUGGUGGAAAGUUUGGAGUCCAGACUGAUAGGCAGGACAAAUCGGCAGCCGGAUGGGAUACACUUGAGCAAGUCCCAAAACACCCCAGUCAGCAAGAUUACAAACAAGGUUUCGGUGGCAAAUUCGGUGUACAAUCAGAUAGACAAGAUAAGUCUGCCGUUGGAUACGAUACUCAUGACGAUUUGAAAAAGCAUGAAAGUCAAAUGGACUAUAAAAAAGGAUUUGGAGGCCAGUUUGGUGUGCAGAGGGACAGGCAGGAUCGAAGCGCUAGUUUUUUCAUGGAUAUCUCCACUGGACCAAAUGGCGCCCCAAAUGGACUCUGCUGGCACAUGUGUGAUUGGCUCAUGUUGGCAAUGAUUCUAUUGUUGAAAACAUGGAGUCAAUGUUCUUUAUGGAAUUUUUCGUCUCUUUCUGCACACCCAUCUCUCACAGGAUUUAUGCAGGUGUCUUGGAAGAAGCUGUAUACGCGUUUUGAGAAUCGGUUAUAAUUUUUCGUUGUUCGGCCUACUUUUGGUGUUACAAGGAACGACAUUUGUUUGACUGUUCGAAGGUGGUUCUGACUCUCACGGUACUGGAGACGAUGUAUCGUCUAUGGAAGUACGAAAUCAGGGCAAGUCUGAAUGCAGAGCUAUCAACAUCUACGGGGUAUUGAGACAAGCAGGUGCCCUUCAUGCAGGUAAUCACACCUGUUCACACUCUGGAGUUCAUCAGAACUCGGUGGAUGCCUAAGUAGCCGUGUCCGUGUAGG